AAAAGACUCCUGUCAAACAGAAAAAGGCUCGCGUGAAAUUAAUAAACAACAAACAGAAUAAAAGUCGGUAAAAUGAGUCCGCUUCGCUGUCACGAUGGUGUCGACACACUUAGCAGCAGCAGCAGCCGCAGUAAUAAUAACAACAACAAUCAGAAUGGCGAUUCGCCUAUUCUGUCCGCGGUGCUGCCCGCACAGGAGGCGGCGCUUGCGCAGGCGAUUAGCUACGUGCGUGACUUUAGCAGCCAGGCGGCUGCGUAUCAUCAACUGAAGACCGAGGAGUCGCUGGUGCAUCUGCAGCGCAGCAUCGCCUUGCUGGGCACCAAAGUGCAGCCGCAUUGCUUUGCACCAACUCCUGGCCAACUGGAGCUGGCCAAAUUCUUCAUCGAUUUGCAUGCACUGAUGAGCACCCUAGACGCGGACUGCGAGGCCAUGUGGAGCUGUGUCUCCCUGCUGCAGCAUUGCAGCAGGAACUUGGAGGCUCGUCUCGCUAUCGUGCAAAAUUAUUGCUUUGUGCCGCUGCUGAGCUACUUGCUGAAGCGAACGGAGCGGCCUGAGCGCGUGCAGCGCCUGCUGCUGCUGUUGCAGGAUCUCACAUAUGGCAUACGUAUUGGAUGGGAGGAGCCGUAUCUGGUGGUGCUGCUGGAGCAUCUGGUCGAUCUGCUGCACAACGUUGAGGAAUGCGACACUAGCGCCACAAACGUCGACAAUUCACAGGCGCAGCUCGCCCUGUCGAUACUCGUGAAUCUCUGCUACAAGAACUUUGUGGUGCUCUUUCUCUUUCUGCGCAGCGUCAACAUCUCCAGCUUCAGCAAGCGCAUACAGAACCAUGGCCUGCUGGCCUACAAAAUGCUCAUCAUCCUGUCCGAGGAUGUGCACUCCCUGGAACAGCGGGAAUUGCAUACAUUCCUGCGCACUGCCUUUGCCGGCAUCGAGGAUUGCCUGAAGCAGUGGCAUGUGCCACAGUUGCGCCACAUUGUGGACUUUCUGCUGGACGCACAGUGCCAUGCCGGAUUGCAGCGUGCAAUGCUGAGCUACUCGCACUACUGCGAGGACACUGAGCGGCUGUUGAAUCAAAUUGAGGCGCGACGCCAGCUGGACGACUCGAACGAGGAUAUGCGCAAGCAACAGCAGCUCUGCCUGCAGCUACUCAUGCAGCUCAUCAGCCACGUACUGCAGCUGUCCGAGGACAAUAGCAUCAUAAGCCUGGAUGCCAUCACGCCGCGCAUUUACGAGCUGGUUUGCGACUGGCUCGAGUCGGAUCUGUGCGGCGUGGCGGCCAUUGAGCUGCUCGGCUCGCUGCUGAAACUGGACAAACGGGCCACAAUCGUGCAGCUCAUUGCCAAGGAGCCGGCCAAUGUGGUCAAGCUGAUGGCCAGGGCGGAGCGCAGCGAGACAAAAUCCGCCCAUGUCUCGGCCAUACUUCGGCUGCUGCUCUUGCUGCUGUGCGAGUCCAAGACCGAGAAGCUGGUGCUAUCCAAAAUAUCUGAAUCCUAUUUCGAUAAGAUACUGGCCGCGCCAAUGGCGCUGCUCCCGCAAAUGCUGAGCUGCCAGACCCUGGCCCAAUCCGAGGUGGAGAAGGCCAUCUAUUGCCUGCUGCUGUUGAUCAACUUUGCCAGCAUUGCCAAGAAGGCCUACUUGGACAAGUGCUGUGCGCUGCUCGAGCAGCCGCAGCUCCAGUACGCUCUGGCUCGUGCCAUGCUCAGCGGCAACGAGAAGCUCGUGGCAGCCAUGCUCCAGAUAGCGCAAUUCGAGCACUUCCCCAAGGCAGCUGUUGCCAAGUAUGUAUCCCGCAUUGGCAGCAGUGGCCAGGGCUCGCCCACCGCCAGCAGCGAGCAAGCGGAGCAGUGGCGCAAUUUGAGCGCCAUUCUGAAGAGCCAUCGCACCUUCAUGGACAGGGAGCUGGCGCAGCGCGUGAGCACACUCAUCGACACCAUUGGCCAAACGUUGCGUCGCAAUGAGCUGCAGUCGGCGCCUGUGUCGCAGGUGAUCGAGUUGUACAAUCAUCGCAUCGACAGCCUCAACUGCACCACCCACAACAUGCAGCAGCGUCUGGAGCAGGCCAGCGUUCAGCUGUGCAACAGCACGCAGCAAAUAAAUGCACAAAAUGCAGAGCUGGAACGCUUUCAGACCAAGAACUUUGAGCUGCUCAUCAGCCAGGAACGUUUGCAAACUCAGUGCAAGGAUCUCAAAGCGCAGGCGGCGCAACUGAAGACAAAUCUCAGCGACUUGCUCAAACGUUGGUCGGAAACAUCCGAGCAUCUGCAGGCCAGCGAACGUCGUCUUUCGGUCAAGCAGUCGGAGAUUGCGGGCCUGCAAAAGGACUGCGAGGAGCUGCGCCGCAAUCUCGCUGCCAAAAGCGAGGAGCUCGCCAAACUGGAAGCGCUCAGCAAAGAUAAUUGCUCCCGCAUCGAAAAGCUAAAGAAGUCCGUGAUUGCCUACGAGCAGGACAUCAAGGAGAAGCUACGCACCAUUGACGAACGCACCACGGAGCUGGCCAAGACGCAAAAAGCGCUCGAGGAGCAGCGUGAGGCACGCAAGAAAUCGGAGGAUCUGGUCAGCGUGCUGGAGACACAGCUCCAGGAGAAGAAGGAACAAAUCGAGAAUCUCGAAAUGGAGCAAAAGGAGACAGAGGACCUACGCAAGACCAUCCUCAGCCUCAUGGAGAGCAAAAAGCCCAAGCGCAAAGCCUAAAUCUAAAUCACCAUAGUAAAUGUCUUCAAUAUGUAGCCACUUUUUUUUUUUACCACCCACCUAAUUGACUAAGUUGUGUUUAGUCUGACAAUUGCGCGCGUAUAAAACACAAUUACAUCUUGUUUAGUAUUAACUAAAAUA